CACGCGCGACUUGCUCCACAGAGGCCCUCCCCCCUCCCCUCCCGUAGAGUGCAGCUGCGCCACUCCGUCGCCGCCCCUUCUGAGCGGCCAAAUCCGACGGCUGCCGCAAGAUGGAGGCUCCACGAUACCUCAGCGAUAUUUUCCCGCAGGAGGCGGCCGGCCUUUCGUGGAUUCCUGAUGGGAUGGAUCCCAAUUCGUUAUACAGGCUUGCUGUUCGUGUAGGCGCUUAUGUUAAAAUUAAUGAUGAUGGCAGUCGUGAGUAUUGUGAGGCUCUUAACAUUGCUAGGAUCUUAGACAGGGAUAUCUCGAAUUGGGAUGAUAUGCUAAAUGAACUUGCAACAGACAUUAACCUAGGGUGUAACCACAAGUUGCGUGUCACCUAUUGGGACAAAAUGAGUCGUAACUAUGAAGAAAUUACAUCUGAUCAGAAAUUGUUGCAUGCAAUUGACAUGUAUUGGGAGAUAAGAAGACUCUCAUUGCAAGUGUGUGUUAUCAAAAAGAAUGAUUCUGAAUUUAUGCAUGAUGUUGGGCGGCAGGAGAGCAUGCCUUGUGUUUUACAAGGAAGCACUGAUGCCCCAGCCAAACAAAUUAAUGCCCAACCUCCACUUGAAAUUGCAUCACCUCUUCUGGAGUUGCAAAAUCAGAAUAGUGCUGCAGUGCCUUGGGUGGAUGAUGAUAUAGAGUAUGUCGGUUUGGAUGAUGAGGAUCCUUUCAAAACUUUGCUUUCUGAUUCAUCCGAUUCUGAAAAUAAUGGUGAUGUGGAGUGUGUUGGCUUGGAGGACGAUCUAGUUGUUGACGAUGCAUGGGGUUGUGAGACUAUUAUCCAUGUGACUGACUUAGACAACCCAACAAUAGCAGUUGGUAUAACUUUUGGGGAUGGUGAUACUUUCAAGAAGGCUAUUAGACAAAAUGUUCUUGAGAAGAAAAAUUGCACGGAAGCUUAAAGAUAAGAUGUUGCCUAACAUCAUGAAUGAUCUCAACUCAAGGAGUAGGGGGCUGAAAUAUAUGUGGAGGUAUUCACACAAAGAUGGUGGUCAAAAUGAUGAGAUGUUAGGUGAAGUCGAAGGUGUUACAAAGGAUCUAUUUCAUUGGAGGCAUACUGUUGAUCUUCAAGAGAGGAAGUGUACCUGCAGGCGUUGGCAAGUUACUGGUCUUCCAUGUACACAUGCCUUGUGUAUUAUCACCUCAAUUCGAGGUUGUAAUAUCGAAGGCUAUGGUCAUGAGUACUAUUCUGUUGCCAAGUUCAAGAAAGUCUAUGAGAAGAGUGUGAAGCCAAUGACAGAUAGCAAACAAUGGCCUAAAGUUGACCCUGGGUUUAAGUUGUGGCCUCCAAUUCUAAAGAGGGCAGCAGGAAGACCAAGGAAGAGAAGGUACAAAUCAGCUGCAGAAGGAGGAACUGUAAGAAGAACCACAAAAUGCACAAGAUGCAAACAGUUUGGACAUAUGGCAAAAACAUGCAAUGAAUACGUAUAUGAUUCUGAUGCCCCACCACCUGCUCCUCCAAAGCCAAAGAAAAAGCGAGGCAAGAAAAGUGUCACUGUAGUACCAUCUAGUGUUGUUGCCUCGCUGCAAGAACAACCAUCAAGUGCUGAUCCAUUCGCUACACCAACUAGAGCCAUCAGUUGUGCUUCUACACCAAGCCCUAUGACAAGAAGCAUGUCAAGGAAGUUGUUGGAACUAGAGCCAUCUACACCAACUAGAGCAAUCGCUACAGUUUCUACACCGAGCCCUAUGACAAGGAGCCGCAAAAGGAUACUAGAACUUGAAGACAUCAUAGAGCCAGUUGCUUCUCAAACCACAUCUCCGGUUGCUAUUGAGAAGGGAAAGGCAAAAAAAUUGAAGGUUGUCAGGUCCAGGAAAAAUUAGAGUGUGCUGAAAAAACAUGAAGGCAAUAUUUUGGAGCACUAUAGCUCAAAUUAUGUUAUUUUCUAUUGCUGCACUUGCUAGGGAAAUGUGGCUGAAACAUGUGAUGUACUUGCUGUCAAAUGUGGCUGAAACCAUGUCAUUUUGUAUUGCUGAAUCUGAUACUUAAAUAUUGAUGAACCAUGUAUUUUCUAUUGUUGGAUAUGCUCCCGUUGCAGCUAAUAGAUCUAUUUGAAGCACA